CAUGUUGUAUUCACGUUUUUGCAUCGGGAGUGUGUGUAUGAUGUUGUCCAGAAAAAUGACUCCGCUUUUCAAGAUACUUCUGUGUCAACUUGUCCUCAGGGCAGAUCAACUUACAUUAAGAGCAAGAGAAACCAACGUGACUGGAAUCCGGGGUAAGUCAGUUUUAUUAACGAUUCAGCAAGAAGGAAUAGUAACGAAAAUCACCUGGGAUAAGGACAAGCAAAGAUUCAUAACCUGCUCAAAGAAUGGUCCUUGCAAAAAAUUCGGGAGACAUAAAGACCGUGUGGAAUGCUUCCCUGAUUGCUCCCUAAAACUUUUAAAUCUACAAGUCGAGGACAUUGGCUUCUAUCAAGUAACCACAGUAGCAGUUGAUGGCCUCACAAAACUUCAAUCUGUCUAUUUAGCUAUUUCUGUUCCAGUGUCUUCUCCUAAAAUUGCCAUUUACCAAGAUGACUUGACUGAACAUGCCCUGGUGCUGUUUUGUAAAAUUAGUGAAGGGACAUUUCCUCAGUAUUCCUGGCAGAAGAACAACCAAGAGCUGCCAUCAAACCUUAGGUUUAUAUUAACAAAAGACAAUAGUAGCUUAUACAUUCAAAACUUUACCAACGUGGACUGUGGAACUUACAAAUGCACAGUUCGAAACAGCAUCAACCAAAGAGAAACUUCACGGACACUAGUGGGUGAAGACAGUUUGGAAUGUCGGAUCUCGUACAACGUGUUUACAAUAAUCGCCGUGGUUUCUUGUAUAGCAGUGUUGGGAACAGUCAUUCUCAUUAUCAAAAAAAAAUGUGUCGCCCUCUAGAAGAAAGGUAGAAUGCGAAUCUAAUCGAAAUGGAGAAGUUUGAAAUAAACACGUAUAUUUCCUAUGCAAUAGGCAUCUCCUGGAGAUUAUUCAACAUCAUGUUAAUCGAAAUUUGGCUGACACUGAAUAAUAAUUAAAUGCUUGUCGUUGACAGUUCGAAACAUCUGGAGCAGUCACAUUAAAUUGUGUUGUCAGUGGGGAGAUAAAAGAAUGCGCCUAUUGAUGUCUUGUUCAUGUUUCUGCUCUUGAAUAUGAAUUGUACUGCACGGAAUUCACAAGCAGAAAUUAUGGCCCCGUAUCAUCUCUCGGCACAACCAAGAACCCAGAAGAUUCAAAUUAAAUUAGGAAGUGCUCUGAAGCAUUGCUGCAAUCCUACAUGAUCUAUAGGAAGACUUUUCCAUCCAAAGUGCAACGCAAGUCGCAUGUUGCGUGACAUUCUCAUCUGGUGUUCAACACAAUUGGGUUAUACUUUGCAACAGUAAUGAUUGUUAAUUUCAAUUUCUAACGCCUAUUCGUAACAUCAGCUUGGCCUUUGCCACAAGGUAGUCAGUAUUAUCUUCUUCACCCGCUAUUUGCUAAGUUAUCACUCAUCAUAUGAUGGCAGCGAUGUGUAUUUGCGAGUUUCCAUUAUUUGUUCAUUACAAAAAGAUCCAAAUGUUAUGUUCAAUGUCAACUUUGUUUCAUUUAUAUCAAUAUAAAUGCUUUCAUGUCAGUGGUCAGGAUUGAUUGGAAUUUCUACCCCACGCUAUGAGAGUAUAGAUUUUUAAAAUGCAGCACAUGUUUAAUGAGAAUGAACACUGCCUUCUUUGCCAGAAAUUGUUUGCCUUUUCGGUGUAUUUCUGCAAUGCCAACAAUAAAACAUAGACUAUUAUUGUGGAAACAUAAUUAGAACCAAACGUUUAGCAAGAUGUACUAACUGUGCAUUAUUUAGAGAUGCCUGUGUUGGACUGAGGUGUACAAAGUUAAAAAUCAUACAACGCCAGGUUAUAGU